UAUUCCGUGGAGUCCUGCUCCAGUCCUGCUGCGGCUCAGACGCUCCGUGCAUGGGAUCCUUCAGCAUGUCUGGGAACGGCUCCCUCAGCAUGCCCUUGCUCGGGAACAGUUCCCUCCUGCCCGGGAACGGUUCCCAGUGCGGGGCCAUCGCCGUGAGUGUGACGGAGAGCCUGCUGCCGCCCGUGUACGUGUGCGUGUUCGCGGUGGGCGCGGUGGGGAACGCGGUGGCGCUGCGCGGGGCGCUGCGGGGCUGGAGCCGCCGGGGCCGGGGGGGCCAGGACCGCCGGGGCGGCCUCAGCUUCGGCGUGUUCGUGCUGAACCUGGCCCUGGCAGACCUGCUGUACCUGUGCACGCUGCCCUUCCUGGUGCACUACUACGCCGGCGGGAGCCGCUGGAUCUACGGCCAGACCUUCUGCAAGCUCACCCGCUUCUGCUUCAACCUCAACCUGUACGGGAGCAUCGGCUUCCUCACCUGCAUCAGCGUGUACAGGUACUUGGGCAUCGUGCAUCCACUGCGGGUGUUGGGGAAGAUCCGGACCCGCCACUCUCUGGCCGUGACCGUGCUGGUCUGGAUCCUCGUCAUCAUCCAGAUCCUGCCGGACAUGUUCUUCGAUAAGAAUGACAGUAAUUCCCCAGAGUCGUGCUACGACACCACGUCGGAUGGGCAGGUGGAAGCGUACCUGCCCUACAGCGUGGGCUGGAGCGUGACGGGCUUCGUGGUGCCGCUGCUCAUCAUCCUGGUCUGCUACGGCCACAUCGUGGUGGUUCUGGUGCAGAGGGCGCAGGUGGACGUGGAGCUGAAGCAGCGCUGCCUGCGGCUGGUAGUCGUCCUCCUCAUCCUGUUCUCCGUCUGCUUCAUCCCCUACCACGUGUUCAGGAAUGUGAACCUGACGACGCGCCUGCUGAAGCUGAAGGGCCGGUGCCACGCCGGCUUCAAGGACGUGUACCUGCUGCACCAGGUGGGCCGGUGCCUGGCCUGCCUCAACAGCGCCAUCAACCCGCUCAUCUACGUGGUGGGGAGCGACGACUUCCUCGUCAAGCUGCAGAACUGCCGGCGUAGCGUGUGCCGCAAAGACAGGCACGCGCUGAAGGCGCCGGUGGAGUCGCCCACGGACCCAGAGGGGCCGUAGGAACAAACAUCCCCAGGGGUUUCUCUCUCUUCCUGCAACCUGGGGUUGUAUGUUGAUUAUGAAGAACUACAAGAGCUAAAAGCUCAGCGGGAAUACACAGUAUUUAAUGAGCUGUCUUGAUUUGAGGCCUCUUAGAUCAGUUAAGUUCAAUUACUUUACAGCAGGGGUCAGCAACCCAAAAUGUUGAAAGAGCCGUAUUGGACCAAAAACACAAAAAACAAAUAUGUCUGAAGCCGCAAAAAAUUAAAAGUCUUGUAUAAGCCUUAGAAUGAAGACAACACAUGCUGCAUGUUGCUAUAUUAGUUAGAACUGGGGGAAGAUUUUUUUUUCAUUAUGCACUUCGAGAGAAAUGUCGAAAUGUCGAGAAAAAAGUCGAAAUGUCGUGAAAAAAAGUCAAAAUUUCAAGAUAAAAGUCGAAAUAUCGAGAUUAAAAAGGAAAGGACAAAGGAAGAAAAAAAGGGAAAAAAGAGGAAAAAAAAGAGAAAAAAAGAAAAAAAAG